AUGGCCACCGACGCCAACUGCAUCUUCUGCAAGAUUAUCGCGGGCCAGAUCCCCUCGAUGAAGCUCGUCGAUACGCCCAAGACGUACGCCUUCCUCGACAUCGGCCCGCUCGCAGAGGGACACGCCCUCGUCAUCCCAAAGCACCACGGCGCAAAGCUACACGACAUCCCCGACGACGACCUCAGGGAACUCCUCCCCGUCGCCAAAAAGAUUGCCAUCGCAUCCGGCGCCCAGGACUACAACAUCCUCCAGAACAACGGAAGGAUCGCCCACCAGGUCGUCGAUCAUGUCCACUUCCACGUCAUCCCCAAGCCAGACGAAAAGCAGGGCCUCGGCGUCGGAUGGCCCACCACGUCGCCCCCCAAGGAGGAGCUCCAGAAGGUCUUUGACAGGCUCAAGGAGAGGCUCGAAAAGCUCUGA